CAGGACAAGAAAGCGAUCCAAAAACGCUUCAAGAUGCUAGUUUCAGUUCACUACAGAUCCCACUAUCCCAGAUGUCAUUUUUGUCAGAGAGACAACGGCAGGAGCUCAACAAAUCAUUAGUGCAGUAUCUCCGACCGGUGCUCCCUGCGGUUGCAGCACAGUUACAGGAACAGUUUGCAGUGAGCGAUGACGACUUGACCAAAAUCAUCCCCGACUACCUCGAGAAGAAGUGGUCGACAGUGCUCCGACUUCAGAAGAAGAUCCUCGACCUUGAAAACCAGGUAGAACACCUCACAUCUGUGCUAGAGUCUAAUGAUCUCCACCAGAUGGCCAGUGAGGCCGCGCGCAAGCUGGACUGGCUCCCCAGCCGCAACUCCAAGAUCCUCAAGGCCCACCGUGACUCGGUAACCUGUGUUACAGUGCACCCAUACCUUCCACAGCUCGUGAGUGGUGGUAUGGAUGGCACGUUUGUGGUGUGGGACCUCCUCAACGCUACGGAGCCUGAACGCAUCGUCCGUGCGCACGCACGCGCAAUCACCGCGGUGGCGUUUGCGCCCAGAGAGAGCGUCAACAAGAGCACCAACAAAAAGCAGACGCUAUUUGCAACGUGUUCUGCGGAUCUCUUUAUCAAAAUAUGGGACGCUGACUUCAAUCUUGUCCGCACCUUAUCGGGCCACGACCACUCCGUAUCCGCACUCGCGUUCAGUCCUGCGAACCCCAACCAUUUGUACUCGUGUUCACGCGACAAGACUGUCAAACUCUGGGACCUCACCUCCGGCUGGUGUGUCAAGUCGUUUGUGGGCCACAGCGAGUGGGUGCGCGCGCUAGACGUCUCUCCCAACGGAGCGUACGUGCUCUCCGCGUCCGCCGAUCAGAGUCUUAGGUUGUCACACGGUGAGUCUGGGACCGGUCUCGCGUUGCUCGUGGGGCAUCACCAGGUGGUGGAGACGUGUAAGUUUGCCCCAAAGAGCGCGUACAAGUUCCUAGAUCCUCUUGCAGCGCAGGCGGUUGCGCGUGAGCUUGUGGACCUUGAGGGAUAUGAGGCGCUCUCGGUGAAAUACGCCGUGACGGGUGGUCGUGACGAUACUAUUCGCGUGUGGCUCUUGCCACUCCCCACUGAGCGUGCGCACCGACCGCCGCUUCCCGCCUCGAACCCCAGCGCAACCUGUUUCCUCGAGCUCAAGGGCCACACAUCGUGGGUGCGUGCGCUCCAGGUCCAUCCCAAUGGUCGCUUCUUGUUUUCCGCGUCUGACGACAGGAGCAUAAAGAUCUGGGAUCUCGAGCGAAAGGGCAAGUGCGUGAGGACAUUAAACGGGCACGAGGGGUUUGUGAAUGCCAUAACUAUGGCUCCACCCCACAACCCCGAGACCAACGUUGAGGAGAGCAAAGACGACGAGGAGGCAUUGACGAAAUCCAUCCGGUGUAUUUUCGCCAGUGGUGGUGGUGACAACACCGUGAGGUUAUGGAAUUAGAGUAGAUUCCUGGAUAAGUAAUACUUGUACUAUAUGUAAAUCGCUGUAAGGAGCAAAAAAAAAAAAAAAAAUCGAGGGUGAGAUGUUAAGCGUAUGUGAAACGGCUUAGCAACUAUAUACACAGCAUUAAUAAUUUAUUAUUGGAGUAAUUGAGUUAUGGGCUAUAAUCAGACUCUUAUC